UGACAUUCAAUUUUUGGCAUUUCCAGCUGUCACUUUUUGACAGCUUUGAGGUUACAAUUUUCCAUUGGAAAUUCUGGCUGUUGUACAAUUUCGUGAGCACGGUAUAUUGAAUUCUUGUUAUCGAACGCUAAUUACAUAAUACACAAUCACAAUGUCGCAAGCUCCAGUACGUGUAUCGCCCUUAAUCAAAUUCGGCCGCUGGUCUUUGCUCCUUGUCGGAGUUGGUUAUGGUGCUUUCCACCAAAACAGAUUGUCCAAGAAGGAAGAAAAGGUGCGUGAAAUUGAAGCUCAACAAAAGGUUGUACGUGAUGCCAAAUUGGCUGAAGAGAAGAAGCGUGCGGCGCAAGCUGAAGUUCGUGCUUUGGAAGAGCUAUCAAAACCAACACCAAAGCAUUAGGCCAUUUGUCCCAGAAUAUGCAUAUAUUUUAGAUUAAAUCCAACACAAUAGAUUUGAUGCGAGGAAAAUAAAAACGAAAAUAUUUAUAAUAUUAAUGCAUUGUGCGUUUUCGAACAUUGGUGAAUAGUGAUUUUGAAAUAAUCUUCCCUUGCUCAUUGCAAAGAGGUGUUUAAUUUACUGUUUCACCAGAUUUUUAUUUCAGAAAUAUAUGGCAUGGAAAGCUUACACUCAUUUUGAA